GCCGAGUAGUACCACGUUAGAGAAAAGUCUGGUCCAUUUCAGUCAAGGUGUACUCCUAACCUCUGCUCUGCUCUGCUGCGGGUGCUUCGGACCCACUGCGAACUACGCCACCGCGCCUCCCUCGGCAUCAUGCUCAUCAAAUAGGCCAUAGCUCCCAAUAUCUCCUCCCCUAUUUGAUGUGUGUGAAACUCGCUGCAUCUCCUCUCGCCACUCUCUCGAGUCCCAACGAGUUGUAGAAACAUAGCGCGAAAGACCAAGGCGAGCUUUAGCUGCUCUCUCUCUCUCUCUCUCUCUCUCUCUCUCUGCCCUUGCCUGCUGCUGCUGGAGUCUGCUGUCAGUCAGCUCCUUCCAUCAUAACAUGGGAUGUGCUCAUUGGAGGCUCACUCUUAGCUGCCCGCGCGCGCGCGCGCUCGCUCAGAAGGGAUGUGGUGAUAGUCCAUUGUCAGACAGUUUCCACUGAGAGCCCUGAGACCUGCAGCUCUGUGGAGGUCUGACCGACUCCGCGAACUCUCUAAUUGAACACGUAUUGGAUUCCCUUCAUCACACGCACUGGUCAGCUCGCGCACCUGCGGUGGUGGUGGUGGUUGUUGUUGCUCUCAACUCCAACAUCCAUGAACGAAAUAAAGCUCUCAAGGAAGAUAAUUCUCCGGCUGACUCCCAGUUUAAGGAGCCCGCCCUUGGCGUUCUCGACUGUCAUUUCUCCGACUUCUUGCGCCUCCUCCUCCUCCACCACCACCACUCUUGCGCGAUCAUCCUUCUGCUCAUCAUCAUCGUCAUCGUCUGCCUGCGAAUCGCGAGCGAGCGAGUGAAUGAGAGCCGGAGGUGCCGUCGGGAGAGGUCCAUUCUCGCCACGCUUCGUUAUUGCGGCUCGAUUCGGGAGACCUUGCGAAGCAGGUGGUUUGUCGUAGGGACUGCAGAGAAGGAGCACGCAUUUUAAUUGGUGGCACAGCAGAGCAGAGCAGAGGAUCGAGAACAGGGUCGUCGGGCAGAAAAUGGUGUCAAUUUUCGAAUGCCAAUUGGUGGACGGGCAUCAUCAUCAGGAAACGAGGUGGAUAGCGAGGGAAGGAGCCAAGAGGCAAAAAGUGGUGACGACCCUUCAAAUGGACAGCAAUGAUGAUAUUAUUUACGAGGUCAUGAAGCAUCUGGACGCCAAAUCUCUAGCCACGGCCACCUGCGUUUCGAAGCAGUGGCGCAAAGUUGCGGAGGAUGAGAGUUUGUGGGAGAAUGUGUGCAUUCAGCACUGGCCAUCGCCCGUCGCUCGGCAAAAGCAGCUGCGCUCGGUCGUCCUGGCGCUGGGAGGGUUUCGCCGGCUGUACGUGCUGUGCCUGCGGCCGCUGCUGGCGAGGGGGCGGCCGCAACCGCAGGCUCUGCCGUCGUCCUUGAAGGGCGCAGAGGAGAGCGGCGAGCGCGAAUGGAGCAAAGACGAAGUGCAUCUGUCGCUGUCGCUCUUUUCCAUCGAUUGUUACGAGAGACUGGGCCGUCGUCACAUGACCCCGUCGUCGAUGAAGUUUCUUUGCAAGCCGUCGGCAAAUCUGUCGAUUGGAGCCCACCGCAUGCUCGGGCUCGGGCAACAACAACAACCCGCAUCGAAUGUACGGUGACCAUGACGACGAGCAAGCUUCAAAUUCCGAUUCUCGGAUUCUCGCCAAUGGCUUCUUCGGACGGGAACUCCGCAAUGCCGAAAGAAAGCCCGGCGGUGCUGGGCUUUCUUGAUUUCAGGCAUUGAAGCUGGUUUCUUUCUUCCCGGCGCCAUCGUUGGCUGAAAUUCUCGACCAGCGCUGAUCCAGGUGGAAGAGGAGUUUUCUCGGUCGUACACUUGCGAAGCGCAUGCGUCGAACGAAUGGGCGCAGGAAUCAAUCCUGUCCCGCAGCAGCAGCAGCAGCAACUUUGGGGAGUCGCAAGAGGGACUUCAAUUGCGGCCAGUCCUUCCGGGGGGACGGAGACGGGAAUGUCAGUGGAGGUCAGCGUCGCAUCGAUCCUGUGUACACACUGAAGCCUGACGUGCCGAGGGUUCCCGAACAUUAUACUCGGGAGCGCGGACAUGGCGAGUGUACAGAUUCUGGUGUGAGAAGAAUGCCGACACAUUUUGGGGAGUGGUUGCUUCAUAACCUCUAUGGAGCGGUUUUGUCUAGCAUCUGUAGCUGUAGGACCUUAUUACGCGAACAAGGGGGCCGCUGCCUUGUUGAGCUGUAAUCAGGCAUUCAUUCUUGAGAUUUCAUAGACGCAGACGAUUGUAGAUCAAUUAGGAACAUAUCACAGGCAGACGCUAGGGCAGGAUGGAUGGAUGGAUGAAGGAAUGAAUUCACAGAGUCCUUGUUGUAUAAGAAAGAGCGGCGACGAGGCCAGUCCCCGAGUACAUGACACCGACACUGACACUGCCUCGUGCAAUGUUGAUCAUGCGCACCCAUUGUCACUUCUUUAGAACCGCCAAGCGGAAUAAAGUCACCCACAAACAAACAUGUGAUGUAAAACCGUUCAAUUGAAAUCCAUGCACUGGCUUUCGU